AAUCACAAACCUUCAGGUCUCAAAAUCCUUCUCCUCCUUUUGAUUUGAUCGAAAAUCCCAAUUCCCAAAUCCCAAAUCGCAAUUCCCAUUUCCGAAAGAGGUCAAUUAUUGUUUUUGAACCCACCAACUCUUACUUUUUGCACAAACGACCUUCCACGUUCAUCCCAUUUGACGAACUCCGCGAUUUUUGUUGAUUUCGAACAGCCCCCGUUCAUUCAAUUUCACUUCUACUUCUCUCCUCUUUCUCUGGGUUUAGGGCUUCCCCGCGAUGGCUGUUUCCACCAGUUUUUCCGGUGCCAAAUUGGAAGCCCUCUUGUUGAAAUCCGCCGCCACUUCCCGGGGCUCCUCCUCUUCUCAGCUUCCCGUUUUCUGCAAUUCCAUUCGGAGCAGGAGAGUUCAAUUUCACAGAACUGGGUUUCCGUCCUUCACCCCAGUGAGGUGUGAGGUUGCUUCCUCUUCCGAUGUUCUUGUUCAGAAUGACGAAAUUGAUCGAGCUACAGCUUCCAAUCUCUCUGCGCUUGAACAGCUCAAGACCUCUGCUGCUGACAGAUAUACAAAGGAGAGAAGUAGCAUUGUUGUGAUUGGGCUUAGUAUUCAUACAACACCUGUUGAAAUGCGAGAAAAACUGGCCAUUCCUGAGGCAGAGUGGCCUCGCGCCAUAGGAGAGCUCUGUGGCUUGAACCACAUCGAAGAAGCAGCCGUUCUUAGCACCUGCAACAGAAUGGAGAUAUAUGUUGUCGCUUUAUCUCAGCAUCGUGGAGUCAAAGAAGUGACUGAAUGGAUGUCAAAGUCAAGUGGAAUCCCAGUCUCAGAGAUUUGCCAGCACCGGUUUUUGCUGUAUAACAAUGAUGCCACACAACAUAUUUUCGAAGUUUCAGCUGGUCUUGACUCUCUUGUCCUAGGAGAAGGCCAGAUCCUUGCUCAGGUUAAGCAAGUUGUCAAAGUUGGGCAGGGUGUUGCAGGAUUUGGAAGGAACAUCAGUGGGCUUUUCAAGCACGCUAUCACGGUCGGGAAGCGGGUAAGGACAGAGACGAAUAUUGCUGCUGGAGCUGUUUCUGUGAGUUCUGCUGCUGUAGAAUUGGCCUUGAUGAAGCUUCCUGAAACAUCACAUGCCUCUGCUAAAAUGCUGGUGAUUGGAGCUGGUAAGAUGGGAAAGCUUGUAAUCAAACACUUGGUAGCUAAAGGCUGCACAAAGAUGGUUGUUGUGAAUCGGUCUGAAGAGAGAGUUACAGCCAUCCGUGAGGAGAUCGAGGACGUCGAAAUUAUCUAUAAGCCCCUUACCGAAAUGAUUAGUUCUGCUGCUGAAGCAGACGUGAUAUUUACCAGCACAGCUUCUGAAAGCCUUUUGUUUACAAAGGAGCAGGUUAAGGAUCUCCCCCCUGUUGGGCAUGAUGUUGGAGGCCUAAGGCUUUUCAUUGAUAUCUCUGUUCCUCGGAACGUCGGAGCAUGCAUCAAUGAUCUAGAAGAUGUCCGAGUUUACAAUGUCGAUGACCUUAAGGAGGUAGUUGCUGCAAAUAAGGAGGAUCGGCUCCGAAAAGCAAUGGAAGCACAAUCAAUUAUCACUGAAGAAUCCAAACAAUUUGAAGCAUGGAGGGAUUCGUUGGAGACUGUUCCAACGAUAAAGAAACUGAGGGCUUAUGCUGAAAGAAUCAGAACUGCAGAGUUAGAAAAAUGUCUAUCCAAGAUGGGUGAUGAUAUCCCAAAGAAAACUCGACGAGCUGUGGACGAUCUCAGCCGAGGUAUAGUUAACAAGCUGCUUCAUGGUCCUAUGCAGCAUUUGAGAUGCGAUGGGAGCGACAGCAGGACAUUGAGCGAGACCUUGGAGAACAUGCACGCUCUAAAUAGAAUGUUCAGCCUCGAGACAGAGAUAGCGGUGUUGGAACAGAAGAUCAGAGCUAAAGUGGAACAAAACCAGAAGUAAGCACUCUUAUUAUAUAAAACUCUCAUUCAAAAUCCUUUACUUUUACUUCCACAAUUCAAAAUAAGGGGAAAAAUCCUCACCCCGGUCCCGUCCUGAUCUCAAAUCCGUAGGUAAACAUCGUUUAUCCCUUCCCAGGAACUUUUCAUUUGAUGGUUUGUGUAUUGACACUGGUGAAACCUGGUCUCUCAGCUGUUGUGUAGAAUACAUUUGGGGUAUUAUUGGAUGAGCCAAAUCCUGUACCGAGUUUGUAAUCUGUAAUCUGAAAUGUGGUUAAUUUUUGUAAUUAAGAUACUGAUUUUGAAUAUAUAGAGAUAAUCCUUGAUUCUUCUCUGUCA